CGAUUCUUCCUUUCUUCAGGCCGCGGACCGAGGAAGCCGACCGCUACUUCGGGGAACUCUCGUCGCCUGCCACCGGCCAUCCCAACAUGAGGAGAGUGCCAUCGUCUGGCGCUGAUUUCGUUGCUCUCCUCCUCCUCCUCCUCCUCCUCUUCCUUUUUGGCAGGGUCCGCUGCUCCCCCGAGUACAGCCUCGGCCGGAGUUCUUCUCCCGCGACCGACAGCCUUUGCGCUCUGCUAAUCCGACCGUCGGGCUAUCCCUGUUCCGAACACACCGUUGAGACUAAAGAUGGCUACCUUUUAACUAUUCAACGAAUUCCACACGGGAGAAAAGCUUUAAAAGGAAAACCUGGUCCCCCGGUUUUCCUUCAGCAUGGUCUUUUUCAGGGUGGAGAUACAUGGUUCAUGAAUUCCUUUGAGGAGUCACUAGGUUUUAUCCUUGCCGAUAGUGGUUUUGAUGUUUGGGUUGGGAAUGUACGUGGCACACGAUGGAGUCAUGGACAUACCACUUUAUCUGUUCAUGACAAGGCAUUUUGGGAUUGGAGUUGGCAGGAACUAGCUCAAUACGACUUGUUGGCUAUGAUAAGCUAUGUGUACUCUGUGACAAAUUACAAAGUUUCCUACAUAGGGCAUUCGCAGGGAACUAUCAUGGCUUUAGCUGCUUUCACCAUGCCAGAUAUGGUCGAGAUGAUUGAAUCUGCUGCUCUUCUUUGCCCUAUUUCAUAUUUAGACCACAUCACUUCAAGUUUUGUCCUUAGAGCAGUGUUCAUGCGUCUUGAUGAGAUGCUUCUCAGCAUGGGCAUUCAUCAGCUAAAUUUUCGAAGUGAUAAGGGUGUUCAAAUAAUAGAUUCAGUAUGUGAUGGCCACAUGGACUGCAACAACUUGCUGUCUUCAAUAACAGGGGAAAAUUGUUGCUUCAACAUGUCUCGAAUGGCCUACUAUUUGGAGUUUGAACCUCAUCCAUCUUCAACAAAGAACCUGCACCAUCUUUUCCAAAUGAUCCGGAAAGGCACCUUCGCAAAAUAUGACUAUGGGUUUUGGGGCAACCUUCUACAUUAUCGCAGCCUGCAUCCCCCAGCAUUUGAUUUGGCAGACAUCCCGGAUUCAUUGCCCUUAUGGAUGGGUUAUGGCGGUAAAGAUGCAUUAGCAGACCCUACCGACGUACAGCAUACACUGGAGGAGUUGAAAUCGAAGCCAGAGUUGCUCUACAUUGAUAAUUAUGGUCAUAUCGACUUCAUCUUGAGUGUGAAGGCCAAAGAUGAUGUCUACGGUGACCUGAUAAGGUUCUUGAAAUCCCGGGGAUGUUCUAGCAGUUACUGACGUGUUUAUUCCACGGGAUUAUGCUAGUGUGUAUAUUGAUUCCAUGUCUUUAGGCGUAACUGUAGAUGGGAAAAAAUUCUGAAGUGUAAUUUCUCAUUGAUGCUGAAAGGUCAUACCUGUGAAAGGAGAUCUUAAGCCAGUAAGACACCUCAAGAGGUGCAUGUAAAUAGGCUCUUAUUUGGAUAUAUGUUUUGUUGUAGA